GGAAUUGUUUUUCCGGUGGUAUUUAUUUCUCAGUUCAACUUUUUAAAUUAUACAAGGAUCAGAUCAAAGGUCUGAUUCCGGCGGAGAGAGAAGAGAUUCUAUCCCUCUGAAAUGACCUUGCGAUUCGUAUGGCUCCGGCUGUUUUGGGUACCUUAAACGAACCGUCGUACCAGGAACAAUGCGGCGCCGUUUUUAUGAGGAAAUUUACAAACCAAUCCGUCACCGAAAACACCAAUAACCUUCCUCUCUUCAACCCUAACCCUAACCCUAAUUUCGACCGGAGCAAUUCGAGCAAACAGUUCGAUGAUUCGUCGGAAUUUGGAAGCUACGCUACUUUUAAUAUCGCUGGAUACACCUCGAAUCAGCUCAGGGAGCUGAAGAAGCGUUUCACCUCUGAGCUCGAGCAGAUUCGGAUCCUAAGAGAACGGAUCGAGUCAGGGACGUUCGAGACUCAGCAAGCUUAUACUAUCCCGGAGGUACCCGCCGUUCGAUCAGCUCCGUUGAAUAGCUUCACCGGUGAAAAGAAUGACCUUGGACCGAAGAAGAAGAAACAGAAGAAAAAUGUGUCAGGUCUCAAGCGAAGCAAUCAAUUUGCUGCUUCGGAUCCGGAGUCGGAGAAAUUAUUGGCUGGUAUGUUGAAUACUUGUGGUCAAAUCUUGGUGAAGCUGAUGAAGCAUAAAUGGGCGUGGGUGUUCAACACUCCUGUUGAUGUGGUUGGUUUAGGGCUUCAUGAUUAUCAUCAGGUUGUGAAGAAACCUAUGGAUCUGGGUACGGUUAAGUUGAAUCUUGAUAAAGGAUUUUACGUUUCGCCGAUUGAUUUUGCUACUGAUGUGAGAUUGACAUUCAACAAUGCAAUGACGUAUAAUCCAAAGGGUCAAGAUGUGUAUUUUAUGGCUGAUAAGCUUUUGGAUCAUUUCGAUGGAAUGUUCAAUCCUGCUUUUAAGAAGUUUGAGGCUCAGCAGCUUAAACUCACUGGUUCUUCUUCUCGUCCUGAACCUGAGUUUAAACCUGAGGUCAAGCAAAGACAUUGGAAUCAGAAUUCGCCAAUGGUGGCAAAUCCUAGGAAAGGAACCGAACAAAUAUCUAUCGCGAAGAAGCUUGAUUCAGUGAAGCCACCACUACCUGCAUUGCCUCCUCAAUUAGUCGAGCCGUCACGUGUUCAAUCUCCUUCUCCACCACCUCCUCCUCCUCCGGUGGUUGAGCCUCAAGUUCCGCAGCCGGUUAUUGAAGUAGAAGCAGCUCCUGAUGUGAGUGAAGUGACAAAAGGAAGGAAGGGGAAGUUGCCGAAGCCUAAGGCUAAGGAUCCAAAUAAGAGGUUGAUGACAAUGGAGGAGAAGUCAAAGCUUGGUAUGAAUCUACAAGACUUACCUCCUGAGAAGCUUGGUCAGUUGGUUCAGAUUCUCAGGAAGAGAAACGGACAUUUAGCUCAAGAUGGUGACGAAAUUGAGCUAGAUAUAGAAGCUGUCGACAACGAGACUCUAUGGGAGCUUGAUCGUUUUGUGACGAAUUACAAGAAGAUGGCUAGCAAAAUCAAGCGGCAAGGGUUUAUCAGGAACGUGUCAACUCCACCUAGGAACAUGACUUCGGUAGCAGAAAUGGGUAGUGCGGAGAAGAGAACAAGGAGAGGAGAUGCAGGGGAAGAGGAUGUAGACAUUGGAGAAGACAUACCAAUCGAAGAUUACCCAUCUGUAGAGAUCGAAAGAGAUGGUACUGCAGUUGCAGGUAGUGGGUCUAGUUCUUCAGGCAGUUCCAGUUCUAGUGGUGGUAGUUCCUCGUCUAGUGAUUCAGGGUCAGGUGGGAGUUCAUCAGGUAGUGAUUCUGAUGCAGAUAGUGUUCAAUCGCCAUUUGUGGAAGCAAAAGAAGCUCAAUGAUAGAAUCAUUUGGUGAUUUAGCCGUUGAUACUGUCCUGAAGUACUAGGAACGUUUAGCUGUGGGUGUAAAGGGAGGAAUGAAGGGCAAAACUGAAG